AUCCUAACGUGCCGCCUCGAAAGGCAACGACAUGCGCCAGAGCACAAGUGGUAUGGAGGCUGUGUCUAACGCUUCUUGUCACUCAAUGUAACAUUAUUCAUACUGUUGCUUUCACUCAGCUGCAGUGAGUGACCAACUUGUUCACAAACGAAAGGAUUUUGAAUGUCUUGCAAUAACCAAGACAAAGCCCGCCAGCUUUGGGCUGAUUGUUUGACCUCCAGAUCACUUGCUCAGCUCAUUGCUGAGGUCGUUCUGCUGUUCAAGGAGGAUUGGCAACCCAGGACGAGCCUACACAAGGGCUUCCAGCAGGAGGUUAAGGCUAUAGAAAGAGUCUGGCUGUCUCUCCUGGACAGCCUGACCGAUCCUGAUAUACAGAUGCGAUCUCAAAUGGUCAGGCUGAGGCGAUGCUACGAUGACUAUGCCGCAAUAUCAGUCAUAGACGAUCCAACGAAGAUCGUGCCGCAGCAGCAAAUUCCUGGCGAAAAGGCAGAGGGUACCGCACGACCACAUUGCCCAAAGGGCAUUAUUUCUACUUAUAUUGACAGUGCUGACAACGUCCUUUGGUCGGCAUCCAAGCUGGAAAGUGUACUUGAGAAGAGUCGGCUGCACACAUCGAGGCUGCUCAGCUGCACGCCCAUCGCUGUCUUGACCAACCACCAUUUCAUCUCUCACAGUGCGGACACCGACGCCAAACUGGACGGCGAGAUGGACGACCCUAAUUCCGACGAAGACCCCAUUUCUCCAGUACCUUGUGGUCAAGUGCAUAGACUCUAUGAAAAUGACUUAGGGCACGUCCAACCUCACAAGACGCUCCAAAUGACAACCUUGUUCAGAAAUGGCCGUCUCUUCAACGUUCUUCUCGAGCAGAAGGAUCAUGACUGCAGCGCCGAUGAUACUUCGUGCAGCUUCGUCCACAAAGAACUGCUUAAGAUGGCCAAAAGGUGGCAGCGACUAGGCCCUGCCAGUCACUCAGGAGUGUUAGCAAUCCAAGGUUUAGUCAAACCCGAACAUGAAACUGGACGAUACGCCUUUGUCUAUCAUCUCCCUUUCUCCAAUACGGUUGAUACGACUUCAAUCGUUUCUCUCCAAGACCUCAUGGAAAAGGCGUCACCUACGGACAUCUCAUUGCGAGCUCGAUUGCGGCUGGCUAAGCGGGCCUCCUCGGCUCUGGCUACUCUCCACGCUGGUGGCAUCCUGCACAAGAACAUAACGAGGAGAUCAAUGUUAUUCUUCGAUGAUGGGCGUGGCUUGAGCCGUUGGGAAUCUCCCUACCUCGUCAACUGCGACUUUUCCAGGCGCCUAGAUGAUGAUACAUCUUGUCAUUUCAGUCACUGCCUGGAGCGAAAUAUUUCGCGACACCCUGCAUGCCAGGGUGUGCCCAAUGAAGCAUUUACCGCCGAUUAUGAUGUAUACGCGCUUGGAGUACUUUUGCUUGAGAUUGGGCUGUGGUGCGCAGCAAUCGACAUUUUCGCAGCACGGAACGAAGGCGUACCACCCACGAAGUCCACUUGUCCGGUCAAGAUACAAAACAGGCUGAAAUUGGCGGCAGCGAUGAGUUUGCCAGAACUCAUGGGCGCCGAAUAUGCAAGUAUCGUGAUGAAAUGUUUGAGCGCUGGCGCUGACCAUGUACGACGCCAAGGUGGCGAUCCUGAAGAAUCCGCAGCCUCGAUAUGUCAGGCCAUGGAGGGAAUUGGCGAGAGGAGCUUGAGGUGCACAUUUACUGGUAGUGGGCUUGAAGAGAUACUAUUGUGAUAUCUAGGCUUCCAACCUUGUUGAUACGAAUGCAUCCGUGGCAUCUGUGAUCUUUUGGACUUUUCAAAUAUACCGCAAUCGCAGGCUGAUAAGGCAACUCCAUGCUUUGUACGUGAAAUCAAUACAUCAUAGCCUG